CCUAUCCUUUAUUUUCUCCUUCUCAGGUUCUCGCAACCCGAUUCGAAAUCGUUUUUUUUAAUUCCCCAUUUUAAUCGGCCACCAAGCACUGCCCUCUCGCCGCUGCUCGCAGCGAGCGUUCUUCUCUCCCAAUCUCCCGUCGCCCUCCUCUUUCUUUUCCUUGUCUUCGGAGCGACUGAUAACGGCGGAUCUUCCUCUCUGAUCUCCGCUGCCAUGGAAGUGGGCUCGAUCUCCCCGGCUCCUCGCACGGUCGAGGAAAUCUUCAAGGAUUAUAGCGGCCGGAGGGCCGCUAUCGUCCGAGCUCUCACCGCAGAUGUCGAUUCCUUCUACGCGCAAUGCGAUCCAGAGAAGGAGAAUCUUUGUCUGUACGGUCACCCGAACGAGUCGUGGGAGGUGAAUCUCCCAGCGGAGGAGGUGCCGCCGGAGCUGCCGGAACCGGCGCUCGGGAUCAAUUUCGCGAGGGAUGGGAUGAACCGCAAGGACUGGCUUUCCCUGGUCGCCGUGCACAGUGACUCCUGGCUCCUCUCUGUCGCCUUCUACCUCGGUGCCCGCCUGAACCGCAAUGAGAGGCAUGCUCUGCGGAUGCAGUUGCAGUCAAUUGAUUUCAGGAAACGUUUGUUUAGCAUGAUCAAUGAUCUUCCAACUGUCUUCGAAGUCGUAACUGAUAGGAGGCAAUCAAGAGAAAAAGCUGGCAUGGAUAGUGGAAGUAAAUCCAAACUCUCAACAAAGAGGUCAAGUGACGGACAGAUAAAAAACAAUUCAAAGACAGUUGAUGAAGGGUACGGUGAAGAUGAUGACGAACACAGUGAAACUCUUUGUGGAACCUGCGGUGGCAACUAUAAUGCAGACGAGUUUUGGAUUGGUUGUGAUAUAUGUGAAAGGUGGUUCCAUGGCAAGUGCGUGAAGAUAACUCCAGCAAAAGCUGAGAACAUAAAGCAAUACAAAUGCCCCAGUUGCAGUUCAAAGAAAGGAAGACAGUAACUUCAAAGACCUGUUUUCCAGUAUUUCCUGUUGUCCAGUAUUUUUCCCUUUCAGACUAGUAAACUCUAGUGACUUUGUUCUUGUUAACAUUUGUAGUUUAGGUGUGGCAGUCCAUGUUUUGUAAUGUUAUUUGUGCUCAUCUAGAAAGAGAUCUGUGCUAUGAUGCAGGAAGCUCUUGUUAUUUUUAAUUCAUACUAACAAUUGAGAAAUGAAUUUAACCUUUCCACCCUUGUAUCA